CCGCGCCUGCGAGGGACUUUGCCAUCUGUCCACCAGGACCUGGGGAGGAAGAACCAGCAGCUCCCCACCCCCUCCCCCUCCACCACCAUUUUGGAUACUCCGCAGGGACGUGUUUUGGGGUUCCCACUGACUUCCAGGAAGGACGCGUGCCCUUCUCUGACCCCUGCGCGGGCGGCCACCUGUGUUUGCCGUGGUUGGUACUGGGGAAGUAUGACUGUUAAUGAAGCCAAAGAGAAAUUAAAAGAGGCACCAGAAGGAACUUUCUUGAUUAGAGAUAGUUCGCAUUCAGACUACCUACUAACAAUAUCUGUUAAAACAUCAGCUGGACCAACUAAUCUGCGAAUCGAAUAUCAAGAUGGGAAAUUCAGAUUGGACUCUAUCAUAUGUGUCAAGUCCAAGCUUAAACAGUUUGACAGUGUGGUUCAUCUGAUCGACUACUAUGUUCAGAUGUGCAAGGAUAAGCGGACGGGCCCAGAAGCCCCCCGGAAUGGCACUGUUCACCUUUAUCUGACCAAACCGCUCUACACAUCAGCACCGCCUCUGCAGCAUCUCUGCAGACUCACCAUUAACAAAUGCACCGGUGCCAUCUGGGGACUGCCUUUGCCAACAAGACUAAAAGAUUACUUGGAAGAAUAUAAAUUCCAGGUAUAAGUGUUUCUCUUUUUCUAAACAUGCCUCAUAUAGAGUAUCUCCGAAUGCAGCUAUGUAAAAGAGAACCAAAACUUGAGUGACUGCUCUGGAUAACUACAUGGAAUUCUAAGAACAGCUGAAUCAAUCUAACCUACAUGUGUGACUAGGUAGCUAGGUCAAGUUCCCUCAAAUAUGUUCACCUGAAAAAUGCUUCCCUGCCUAAGGCUAAGACCAGCUGAUCCUUUUAAGUUAAAAAUUAAAUGUCCCAAGUAAAGGCCGAAGUAACCUUUUGAUCAGAAUGCCUUGCCUUUCUGAGGUCCCUUUUCUCUUUGGUGGAAGGUCCAAGCACCAGUAGUAGAGAAAGGGAGAAAGGACUCCACGGAGGAGAACUGAAGAAGGGGAAGGAACCUGACAGGCUUAGCUUCCAUUUUAUAUGCCUGGUGAUCCGAGUCUAUUUUGGACAUGUGAUAUUUUGCAUUCUGAUGUUCUUAGGGGUUUUGUUGAUCGGAUAUGCUUGUGAGUAUUUAUCCUUCAUUUUAUGCAAUUAACCAAGUCAACCAAAAAAAAAAAUGACCAUGAAAUCCUGUAUUUGUCUUUUUACUACAUGUAUGAACUCUUUCAUGUGAAUGCGUACUGUAGUAAUCCAUUUUAAGAGAGCCUUACUUCAGAAAUAUUUCAAACUGGUGCAAACGGAAAAGACUUCGUCUUUUCCAUUAAGGCUAAAGACAAGAAUGUCAUGCUAUACAGGUGCAACCCCAUCCCGGUUAAUAAAACCAUGUAGAUAUAGACAUUUUACCCUUUGAAGUAUCUGUGUCCCAACCUGUUGCCAUGGAUUUUUUUGGAAAUGGCUUUAGAAAUUUCCAAGUUGUCCUUGAAUUGUCUAACUAUAGACAUCAGCAGUUGUCUCCCUUCUACCAUGUAGAAAACUUUGACUUAAUUUUCUUCCAGAUAUAAGGGGAUACCUGCCUGUUUUUCAAAGUGUUUAUUUACUGCUGUUACUAUUUGAUUAGAAUGUAUUAAAUAAAAAAAAAACCCUGACUUUUA